AUGCGAUUGGCUCGGCCAAAAUUUUACGAGAAUGUCUGCAUACCUGUUGAUCCGGCCGAUCCAACAAGCCAGUUAAUUGGCUCCACAUUAUGCCGAUUGACCGGCCAGGAAGCACCAGAUGUCCCAAUUGGAAAAUAUCUCAUGGCACCACAGAAAUUUGAGAAUAUCUAUUUGGGUGAAACGUUCACUUUCUAUGUGUGCGUACAGAAUGGAAGCGACAAGAUUGCAAAAGAAAUCUGCGUUAAGGUUAAUAAUUUUGAAUAA